GGAGCGCUUCUUUUGUGGUCCUGAUGCUGCCGCUGGCCUGAGAGCGAGAGCUUCCUCUCCAGCUGAGAGCUUUUCUCCUCCGUUCAUUUGCUCUUAUCCAACCUGUGUCGGUCUCGGGCAUGGCCAGAUUGACGGAGAGCGAGGCGAGGCGGCAGCAGCAGCAGCAACUCCUGCAGUCCAGAGCCUCCCCCAUGAGCAGCGGCCCCGAGCCCCCAGUCCAGCCGGACAGCAUGAAGGACCUGGACGCGAUCAAGCUCUUCGUUGGCCAGAUCCCCCGCAACCUGGAGGAGAAGGACCUCAAGCCCCUCUUCGAGCAAUUCGGCAAGAUCUACGAGCUGACGGUGCUCAAAGACCGCUACACCGGCAUGCACAAAGGGUGUGCUUUCCUCACCUAUUGCGCCCGGGAUUCCGCCAUCAAGGCCCAGACAGCUCUGCACGAACAAAAGACCCUUCCUGGGAUGGCGCGGCCAAUCCAGGUGAAACCUGCGGACAGCGAGAGCCGUGGAGGGGACCGGAAGCUCUUUGUGGGCAUGUUGAACAAGCAGCAGUCCGAGGAGGAUGUUCUUCGGCUUUUCCAGCCCUUUGGGGUGAUCGACGAGUGCACAGUGCUCCGGGGCCCCGAUGGGAAUAGUAAAGGCUGUGCCUUUGUGAAGUUCUCGUCACACACGGAAGCCCAGGCUGCCAUCCAUGCCCUCCAUGGCAGCCAGACGAUGCCAGGCGCCUCCUCCAGCCUGGUAGUGAAGUUCGCGGACACAGACAAGGAGAGGACCCUUCGGAGAAUGCAGCAGAUGGUGGGCCAGCUGGGCAUCUUCACACCGUCCCUUACACUGCCCUUCAGCCCCUACAGUGCCUAUGCGCAGGCUCUCAUGCAGCAGCAGACCACAGUGCUGUCCACCUCCCACGGCAGCUACCUGAGCCCAGGGGUGGCCUUCUCCCCCUGUCACAUCCAGCAGAUUGGCGCCGUGAGUCUCAAUGGGAUUCCGGCCACACCCAUCGCCCCGGCCUCUGGGCUGCACUCGCCACCACUUCUUGGCACAGCAGCCGUGCCGGGUCUUGUCACCCCCAUCACCAACGGCUUCGCGGGUGUGGUGCCUUUCCCUGGUGGGCAUCCAGCCUUAGAAACUGUAUACGCCAAUGGCCUUGUGCCCUACCCAGCUCAGAGUCCCUCAAUGGCUGAGACCCUCCACCCAGCGUUCUCAGGAGUCCAGCAGUACACAGCGAUGUAUCCAACUGCGGCCAUCACUCCCAUUGCCCACAGUGUUCCACAGCCUCCCCCCAUCAUCCAGCAGCAACAGCAGCGAGAAGCAAAACCUAAAAUCCAGAACAUAACGCUGACCCAGUGCCUUCCAGUAGCAGGAUGUCCCGAAGGCUGUAACCUGUUUAUCUACCACCUCCCCCAGGAGUUUGGAGACAGCGAGCUGAUGCAAAUGUUCCUGCCUUUCGGCAACAUCAUCUCCUCCAAGGUGUUCAUGGACAGAGCCACCAACCAGAGCAAGUGCUUUGGUUUUGUGAGCUUUGACAACCCAUCCAGUGCCCAGACGGCCAUCCAGGCUAUGAAUGGCUUUCAGAUUGGCAUGAAGAGAUUGAAGGUCCAGUUGAAGAGGCCCAAGGAUGCCAGCCACCCUUACUGACAGAACCUAUAGCACAGGUGAGGGGCAAAUCCAGAGGACGGUUUGCAGCUUCAAAUAGAUCCAGGAGAUUCCAGUAAAUUACAAACUGUUUUUGACACCAGCCCUCCCCUUCCUAUCCCCCUGCAACACCCCACCCCCCAAAAAAUGUGAAACAUUGGAGAGGAACGCAGCUUUGGAAGGCGACGGCAAGGGGAUCCUUCCCAUGGGGGGCUCCAACAAUAUCCUGGGGACCAGAACAUGGCCCCUUGGGGACCAAGGAUUCUCCACCCUGAGAGGACACAGGGAAAGAGUGAAGCAUUGUGGACCAGAAAGUUCAUUGUUGUGUCUCUAGGUCACCAUGACAACUCUCAGAACUUUGAAACUCACCCUUUCAUAUAUAUACAUAUAUAUAUAUACAGUAUAUAUUUUUUUUUAAGUAAAUCACAGGACCAAACUUUGCAGAGACUUCUGCCUGUGGGAGAAGGAUUACGUCAUCUCAACAGGAACUUAAUGAGCCCUGAACAUUAUCAGAGAGAAAAACGGAAGGGGAGCAAGAAUCAGGCACCCUCUCUGUCUCUCUCUGCUUAGUAUUAGGUUCAGGCUUUUGGAGAAGCAAGGAUGGAAUGUGCUCCAACACUAUAUACCUCCAGGAUCUUGUUACCAUGGUGGCAACUGGAUGAACCACUGAAGAAUCUUUGGAUGGCCUUCAGGCCAGCUUGGUUAGGCAAGCUUGAGUCCUUGGAGGGCCAGUGGGCCCAUGGAUUUGAGACUCUGGCUCAAUCCCAUCCCCAUAGGAAUUCCCUUGCACCUGGGUUUAGGCACAAAAAUUACCUUUGACUCUUCCCACCCCCAACCCUCCUCCUUGCUCACACCUUUGUCUUUCCCGACAUCUUCAUCUUCAUAGCCUUAUCCUGUUCAGCCCUUGGGUUCUAUCUUUCUUCUGGGGGGUACUGGGGGGAGGGAAUUAAGGGACUAUAUCCCACCCACCUCCCAACCCCCUGGCAGCUGCCUCCUGCCUCUGAAUAUACCAGCCCAGAAACCAAUCCCCCGUUUUACUGAGGAGGUCAAGAAUAAAGGAAACUAGACUGGU